AUGUUAUUUAAACGAGCACGUGAACUUGCACUAGAUAUUUAUCAUGGUUUAAUACAAGGAACAGUACGAGAUAUUGCUAAAUGUAGUAAAAUAAUAAAAGCAAUUGAUGAUAAUAGUAUCGAUGAUUUACGUACUAUAAUUACUCAAUUAAAUCAUAAAGAUAUUGAAGAUUAUCUUCGACGACCUGUUGAUUCAAUGAAACGAACACCAUUACAUUUUGCAGCUUGGGCAGAAAAUACUGAUAUACUUGAAAUAUUACUUGAUUAUAUUAAUGAACCUGAUAUUGAAGAUAAAACAGGUGCAACACCAAUGAUGUUUGUUGUAGGUAGUGGUAAUAGUUGUUUAAAAAAAAUGACUAUGUUAAUUAAUAAACAUGUUAAUGUUAAUAAAAAAGAUAAAUCAGGUUGGACAUUACUUCAUGCUGCUGUUCAAACAAAAAGACGAGAUAUUUUAGAAUUACUUUUAGUUAAUGGUGCUAAUAUACAUAUAACCGAUGGAGAUAAUCGUUCAUUGUUACAUAUUGCAUGUGAUAAUGGAGAUAUUUCACUUGUAAAAUAUCUUUUAGAAAAAGGUGUUAGUUUAAAAAGUAAAGAUAAAAAUGGUUGGACACCAUUACAUAUUGCAUGUGGUCCAGCCGAUGAUUAUGAACUUGUUCAUUAUUUAAUACAAAAAGGUGCUGAUCCACAUGCUUAUGAUACAAAUGAAUGUAUGCCAAUUCAUUUAGCAACACAAUUCAAUGCAAAAAAAGUUGUACAAUAUUUAAAAACUCUCGACGAUUUAGAUACGGAUAUUGAUAAUGAUGAUUCAAGUUCUGAUUUAGAUAUAGGAAAUGAUACAUAUGAAAGUGAUAAUGUAUUCGAAUCGGAACCACCUUCGGCUCAUGGACUAAUUUGUGCUUGGCGUGUUGUCGAGACAAAUGAUAAUCAAUAUUGUUGGGUUAUACUUGUUGGUCUUGGAUUUUUACUUGUCGAAACUGGCAUUGUUGUUUGGUUACGAAAUGGACGUGAAUUUAAAACAGUUGCCUUUUGUAUCAUAUUCUAUUUGACAUGUUCAGUACCAUCACUAUGGAUAAUUCAUGUUGAAACAGCUAAUAGAAAAUUAUAUCGUCUUGCAGAAAAUAAACUUAAUGCUAGAGCAGCUAUACCAUCGAGUCAUAUUCGACAACGAAAUACUCUUUCAAAUAGUACAUUAUUUUCAUCUGAUCCAUUACGUAUACGACGCGUAUUACCAACUACUACACAACUUAUUCUUUCUAUUGGACAUAUUGAAUGCCAUGAUAAAGCAUGGUACUAUAUGGAAGAACAACGUUGGCUUGAUGCUAUACAAGAAACUUUACUUGUUGUUUUAACUCUAAGUCGUUUACUUAUAAGUCAUGAACAUAUGACAAUAGAAAAAAGUGGAAUUAUUUUAGUUGUUACUUUAAUAAAUGUUGCUGAUCUAUUAUCUAUUUCACAUUCAUUACAAUAUCAUGAUGUUAUCAUUGAACGAGUUUGGAUGUAUAUUGGUCUUAUUCUUCUUACAAUUGCCUUAUUUGAAAUGGCAUUUAUUGAUACAGAUGGAUUAAUAUCAUCUUCUAAUGAAAAUACAACAUAUUAUCCUGGAAGAAUAUUAUCAAGACGAAUAAAUUUUUUUCAAGAUCAAAAUAUAUGUCCACUUUUUCGAUCUUUAUUUAUUCAUGAUGGUCUUCUUCUACUUUAUCGAAUGUUUUUAGCUAGUAAAGUUCGAUGUAGUAAACCAUCAAUAAUAUUAUUUAUGUCAAAAAAUAUUCUUAUGAUUGCAUUUCAUUGUUAUCGUGUAUAUAAUAUAGCUAAAAAACAUAAAAGAAAAAGAGCAUUUGAUACUUAUGAACUUUUAAUUAGUACACCAAUACCAUCACGUAAUUAUCAUUAUAAAUCAUAUGGAUAUGAACGACAAAAUAGAUUAAAUCAAGAACAUAAAUUAUUACAUCGAACAAUACGUCGACCAUUAUCAAUUGCUCAUCGACGAAUAACAAAAACACAACGAGCAUUUCGUAAUUUUACUCCUGAAUCUAUAUCAUAUCCAUUUGCAAGACGUCGAAAUGAUGGUGGUCGAGCACGUACUGCAUUUGCUCUUUAUGGUUUACCAUUUCCUACAGCACGAAUUCCUCGACCGGCAACAAUUUCUUCAACUUCAAGUCUUGUUGCUAAAGCUUUAGUUCAUUAA